AUGUGCCCAAUACAAGAGUCGGUCAAGAGAAAGGAGACUUUAAAUCCUCCACGGCUUUCCUCGGUUAUUGAAGAUCUCGACACUAUCCAGCCUCAGACACGCCAUGUUGAUGAGGCGCUGGAAAAAAGUCGGGACUAUUGGUAUCGCCUGACAUCACUAGCUCAUGCCUAUCGGGAUCAUGGCUUGAAUCCAGAGUACACAAACCCUCGCCACAUUCUUCAUAGAAUUCCAAAACUGCAUGUACGAUCCGAAACAACCUAUGCCCGCCCUUAUGGAGUUUCUCCUCUUGUUCUUUGCAUGCAAGCUUCCUCGACUUGGAAAUUAGUAGGAAACUCGGAUUGCGACAGCAUUGCGAAAGAAAGGACAGCCGAUGCUAUGCUCAAGGUCGGCACUAGUGUUGCUAUUCCCUAUAGUUUCGAAGGGAAUGCCUUCAAUUCUUGGAUUGGCACAACGGAAGAAAAACACACCGGUCCAAACUACUUGGGGAUCCUGACAAUUGGAUGGUGUUAUGUACUCUCUGCACGAUUUGUUGAAAUUCAAGGGGAGGGUGCUACUAUGCAAUAUACAGCCUCCAAGAUCGAACACUACGAUGAAGACUCUUGCGAUCUGCCAGAGACUGAUAUAAUCGAUGUUAGGGCAGCAGAUGAAAAUAUAACUCGGUGGUGGGUGGAAAGCCACCGCCACGAAUUUCUCGCCCCGUGGGCGGUGUCACGGACAUGCAAUACACGUUUCGCUAUCAAUCAGAAGGGACUCUCGCCAACCUCCUCAUAUACACCCUUAACCGCAGAGAAAGCUUUUGAUGUUCUAGCUGAGUUUGCACAUUUCCAUAACCUGGGUAGCCAACUUCCUAUCGCGCUUAUGACAGCCAUAACGCUCCCAACACAUGAAUACUAUGGCUCGACUGUCCAACUUCCCUUUCCAAGAGCAUCUGGUGGUCAACAAUCUACGACUCCCAUAGAUGUUAUUCCAUCGCUUUGGUCCAGUUUAUACGAAGAGCUGCCCUACUACAUGACUUUGAGCUGUAGUCCGGAAGUAGUGCUAUCUACUCUUUGUGGAUCAUUCUGCGAGCCCGACGUCCCAUGCAAUCUCGUCGCUCCCUGGCUGCAUCCGCUUUUCGAAGAGAUACUAGCUGAGACAUCUCCCACGGGUAGCCACGAUUACGAAGUACUUGCUCUAAUCGGUGCAAUACGUCGACCUAAUAUAGGUGCUCUUUGGAUUGGAGCGGUUGCCGGUGGGCUAACCCCAAAAAUCAUUCAAAAAGUAAGAAAAGGCACGUCUCCUAUUAAUGCACUUGGAUUUCCCUGGACUGGCUGUCUUCAAAGCUUCAUGGAUAUUCCAGGUUCGGGUCCAUACACGCAUGGGAAGCCUGAGCACAUCUCAAGGCCAGACGUAUGGCGCUUACUACAUCUUCCUCAAAUCGAGGAUGACGAGCUGUUAUAUGAAACCAGGCCUCAAACACCUUGGGCACCCUGGGGGUCGUGCUUACCAAAGGAUUGUGCCCUUCGAGUUACUACACACUUGAAAUGCGCUCGACAUGAGUACCAAUACCACCAUUGGAAUUGGAACUUAGAAGAAGGCUCGGUUAUUCAGGACCAGGGGUUUUCAAUAGCACCCCUUUCGACGGUUACCGAAUGUCCUUCCGAUAUGAUUGGUAUCAGGGAGCAGAGAAGGUUCCCUACGAGGGAACUUGAUCAAGAGGCUUCCGAAGAAGCCACAUUGUAUGCCUUCCUUUGGUUUGGCAUCAACGGAGAGGGUAAACCGUCGGAAACUAUAUAUGAAGAUGCCUGGCUCGAGGGCAUUUGGGAGGAAGAUGAAUAUGAUUGGGAAGACGAGGCUGACGAUCAAGACUCGAAAGAGCCUGUUGGUCAACUUGAAGAUCGAGUGAAAGCCUGGCUCAAUUCAGUCGGCUGA